AUGGAGAUCGCAAACCCGCGUCGAAUAUUGGCCAUCUCGCUGGCAGAUUCAACGCAUCAUCUCAGUAAAGUUGUUAGAGAUCUGACGGGUACAGCACCAGAACCAUCGAAUUCAACAAUAGCAGGAACCACCCAUCAGCUCUCACUCAAGACGGCCUAUUACACAGCUUCUGUUCCCAUCUGGCUAGACCUGAUAUCAACACCAUCAGAAUGGUCAGCCUCUUUCCUCUCACCUGAAGCCAAGGAGGUCUUGGAGGUACUAGGUGGCGUCGUUGUCGUCUUUCCCUUACCGGUGAAAUCACAAUCAGAUGAAGGCAACACAGCCAGGGCGCUCAUCCAGGAAGUCGGCAAGGUUGUGAAGGUAGGCCUCGGAGGCUGGGGAUGGGAUGGUGUGGGACUGUGUCUAGGCGUGGGCGAAAUCGACGAUGUUGAUGAGUGGGAAGACUGUGUUGCGGAAGCGGGACUGGAAUUUGUCCAGGUCAGGGCCAAAAGCUCUGAGAGCCGGAACGAGUUUGGUGAGAAAACGGGAAUACCGCGAGCACUCGAGGCGCUCGAAGCCAACGACUGGGAUCAAGUAGGAGGCGAUCUAGACUCCGACUUUGGGGACUUCGAGGCCGCUCUGGACGAUGAAGACGACGCUAAGGGGGACCCCGCAAGUGAUAAAGGUGCAGAUCUAGAUCCCGAGAGCCUAGACUUUGGCUUUGAUCGCGAAGACUUCGAAGGCUUGAAACGCGCCAUAUGGAACUCGGGACAGGACAACGAAGAGGACUUGAUGAACGGUGAGCCGAAGAAACGUGUAGCUGGUGAAAGUGGUGCAGUGGAUGACGAUAAACUGGAUGAGGAUGAUGUCCAGAAACUUGAUGGGAUGAUGCGGAAACUACUGGCAGUCAGAGAUAUGAGUGCGGGCUUACCGGAGGAUCAACGUAAACGGAUGGCGGCCAAGGCGGUCGGGGAGGUCAUGAAGGAGUUGUAA